AUGGUGACGACCCUCUCCAGGGAAGCUUGUGGUGCGGUACCAGUUCUCAACUUCGCAGGGGAGAUCUUCAGUCUAGCAUCCACUGACAAUAAGUUACGGCUUAGUCCAAAUCAGCAAGCUAUGCUCUUGGGAGGUGUUCAAGUACUCGGUUCAACGUUGGCUUCCAGUUUGGUCGAGAAAUCUGGGCGAAAGCCGCUGCUCUUCACAACGUCCCUACUAUCUGGUAUCAGUAUGUGCACACUGGCGUCUUGGUUUCUUCUUCGUGAAUAUGGCAUCCUAGCACCAUCCUGGUUGCCACUGGUCACGCUGUGUGUUUGUAUCUUCUGUGAUUCCUCCGGUCUACAACCUAUGUCGGUAGUCAUAACGGGAGAAAUAUUCUCUUUCAGAUACCGUGGAACAGUUUUAGCAAUAACUAUGGCAGUGGCAUCGUUAUUUGACUUCAUACAACUAUUAUUUUUCAAGUCUCUAGCCAAUGCUGUGGGAAUCCACGUAUCAUUUUACUUUUUUGGUAUUCUUUGUCUUCUGAUGGCUCUCUACGUUAUAUUGGUGAUACCAGAAACUAGAGCUAGAAGUCUAGAAGAUAUUUACAAAGAUCUCGUGAAGAAGAAAGAUUUGAAGGGAAUUGUUGAUGACAGAUAUGUUGAAACAAAAGACAGAGAAGUUACACGAAUUUGA